CUCCCGCUCCCUCACCCACCGCGGGGAGGAGGAGCGGACUAGACGCCGCCACCAGACGACGGGACACGGAGGCGGCUCGGCUCCUUCAGGUUUAAGUGUUGUGUAAGCUGCAUCAAUGGAGCACAUACAAGGGGCCUGGAAGACGAUCAGCAAUGGCUUUGGAUUCAAAGAUGCAGUGUUUGAUGGCCCCAGCUGCAUCUCCCCUACAAUAGUUCAGCCAUUUGGCUUUCAGCGUCGGGCAUCAGAUGAUGGCAAACUUACGGACUCUUCUAAGACAAGCAACACUAUCCGUGUUUUCUUGCCAAACAAGCAAAGAACAGUGGUCAAUGUGAGAAAUGGAAUGAGCUUGCAUGAUUGCCUUAUGAAAGCACUCAAGGUGAGGGGCCUGCAGCCGGAGUGCUGUGCAGUGUUCAGACUUCUCCAUGAACAUAAAGGUAAAAAAGCGCGUUUAGAUUGGAAUACUGAUGCCACCUCGUUGAUUGGAGAAGAACUUCAAGUAGAUUUCCUGGAUCAUGUUCCCCUCACAACACACAACUUUGCUCGGAAGACCUUCCUGAAGCUUGCCUUCUGUGACAUCUGUCAGAAGUUCCUGCUAAAUGGAUUUCGAUGUCAGACUUGUGGCUACAAAUUUCAUGAGCACUGUAGCACCAAAGUACCUACUAUGUGUGUGGACUGGAGUAAUAUCAGACAACUCUUAUUGUUCCCAAAUUCUCCUAUUGGUGAUAGUGGGGUCCCAGCACUGCCUUCUUUGACAAUGCGUCGGAUGCGAGAAUCUGUUUCCCGGAUGCCUGUUAGUUCCCAGCACAGAUACUCCACACCCCACGCCUUCACGUUCAACUCUUCCAGCCCUUCCUCUGAAGGUUCCCUCUCCCAGAGGCAGAGGUCAACAUCCACACCUAAUGUCCACAUGGUCAGCACCACCCUGCCUGUGGACAGCAGGAUGAUUGAGGAUGCAAUUCGAAGCCACAGUGAAUCAGCCUCACCUUCAGCCUUGUCCAGCAGCCCUAACAAUCUGAGCCCAACGGGCUGGUCACAGCCCAAAACCCCUGUGCCAGCACAGAGAGAGAGGGCACCAGGAUCCGGGACCCAGGAGAAAAACAAAAUCAGGCCUCGUGGACAGAGAGAUUCAAGCUAUUACUGGGAAAUAGAAGCCAGCGAAGUGAUGCUUUCCACUCGGAUUGGAUCAGGCUCAUUUGGAACGGUGUAUAAGGGCAAGUGGCAUGGAGAUGUUGCAGUGAAAAUUCUAAAAGUUGUCGACCCCACGCCAGAGCAGUUCCAGGCCUUCAGGAAUGAGGUGGCUGUCCUACGCAAAACACGGCACGUGAACAUCCUGCUCUUCAUGGGCUACAUGACAAAGGACAACCUGGCAAUUGUGACCCAGUGGUGCGAGGGCAGCAGCCUCUACAAACACCUGCAUGUCCAGGAGACUAAGUUCCAGAUGUUCCAGUUGAUUGACAUCGCCCGCCAGACUGCUCAGGGAAUGGACUAUUUGCAUGCAAAGAACAUCAUCCACAGAGACAUGAAAUCCAACAAUAUAUUUCUCCAUGAAGGCCUGACGGUGAAAAUUGGAGAUUUUGGUUUGGCAACAGUAAAGUCGCGCUGGAGCGGUUCUCAGCAGGUCGAACAACCCACUGGCUCUGUCCUGUGGAUGGCCCCCGAGGUGAUCCGAAUGCAGGACAAUAACCCAUUCAGCUUCCAGUCUGAUGUCUACUCCUACGGCAUUGUGCUCUAUGAGCUCAUGACAGGGGAGCUUCCUUACUCCCACAUCAAUAACCGCGACCAGAUCAUCUUCAUGGUGGGCCGAGGGUAUGCCUCCCCAGACCUCAGUAAGCUAUAUAAGAACUGCCCCAAAGCAAUGAAGAGGCUUGUAGCUGACUGUGUGAAGAAAGUUAAGGAAGAGAGGCCUCUUUUUCCCCAGAUCCUGUCUUCCAUCGAGCUUCUCCAACACUCUCUGCCGAAAAUCAACCGGAGUGCUUCUGAGCCAUCCCUGCACCGGGCGGCCCACACUGAGGAUAUCAACGCCUGCACGUUGACCACAUCCCCUAGACUGCCUGUCUUCUAGCUGACUUUGCACCUGCACUCAGGCCACCAGGGGAGGAAAGGAAGUCAGCAGGCACCACCUUUCUCCUCCCUUUUGAUGGAGGCAGAGAGCUCAUUUUCAGAGAAGCUGCUGCUAAGGACCUUCUAGACUACUCACAGGGCCUUAACUUCAUGUUGCCUUCUUUUCUACCCUUUCUGGCCCUGGGAGAGGGAAGCCAUUUGCAAUGCUGGUUUGUCCUGCUCCCUCCCUGCAUUCCCCCCCCCCCCCGCCCCCCACGCUCAUGAGCCAAGCCUUCUCCAGAUGCACCAGUGGCUACAGUUGGCAAUACAUGGUCUGGGGCCCCAGCUAUUGGCUAAAUGAGUACUUUUAGGGCAAGAAAAAGCACUCAGAGGGGAAAUGAAGGUAGCAGACAAACCAGCCCUGAUGUGGACAUGUGGAUUUGGGGCAUCAGCUCCUAUGUGGAAUGCUUGUCAUGGAAGGACCGUUCUUCAGAGCUAGUGGUAUGGCGCCAAACAGGUAGUUUUGCACAUAACGCACCAAACAGCCCAGGACUGUCGAGACGACAGCCGUCUGAAGGAACCUGCGUUGGUACUAUGGAACUAUGGACCUUGACUUCGGGGGCACUUCCUUUCCUUGGAGGUCUCCAGUGCAUUGGGACGGUUUUCCGAAGAGGCGUUUGGCCUGCCCCUCCCAGUCUCCGCCCUCUCAGGGAGCAGUCUUCCAUCAUGCUGAAUCUGUCUUCCAGGAGCUGCCCCUAUGGGGUGGGGCCGCCGGGCCAGCCUUUCUCUUCAGUCACAUCACGUGUAUGCAAGGAAGCCAGGAAUACAGGUUUUCUUGAUGAUUUGGGUUUUAAUUUUGUUUUUAUUGCGCCUGACAAAAUACAGUUAUCUGAUGGUUCAAUUAUGUUAUUUUAAUAAAAUAAAUUAAAUGUAGGUUUAAUGGCUGUUUCUUCCUUUUAAAGUAAUACUGAGCUUACAGCUUGAACUCUCCCAUUUGUUCAUCCCUCCUGGAGCAAGAACUCAAGCAGCAGGAAACAGGCCCAGAGCCUCCGCUGGGAAGGAAUCUAAUUCAGUCUUUGUGCUGUCACCCUUCACUAAAGAGUUAACUAUAAAAAAUGGAAAAAGCAAGCAUUCUAAACUCAGGUAAGAGUAAACCUUUUUCUACCUACACUUUAAUGCAUUUUAUAAAAUAUUUGGUAUCUACACCUAUUUAUAAAAAUAGAUUAAUUCAGGCCUGGGGUGAAUUUGUUCUGAUUCACAAAGUUACGUUCCUUCAAUUAAAGUCACAACUGAUGACAGAGGACUUGUUCUGUUCAGGACCACUGCUGGGUCAGAACCAGAAACUGCUGCGUGCCAUUUCACUUCUUACUAAAAGUUCAAAUCAAAGCCAGGCUUACAGAACACGUGGCUUUGAGCAGGGGCCACACGGAAGAGCAUGUGUGUGUGUGUUGACCCUCAGUAAAACUACCCUUGGGGCAUGAGCCCAAAGAGAGCCCCAGGAAAGCCCACCGGUGACAGCCGGGGACGUGUUUCCCUGGAGCACGUGGCCCCAACACCAACCAGAAACGAGGGGCCAUACCUCUGCCCUACACUGCCUGCUACUUCAAGAGCCCCCUCCUUACAGGGAAUUUAUUGAACACACAGCAACGGGACUCCUGCUCUGAUUUGGGACACUGAAGAGCACAAGUUUUAGGCUAAGGUGUGUGGUGCCCACUUGUUGAUUUAUACAGCGCUUUUCAAGAAACAGUUUUGACUACACACUAAGUACACUAGGGAAAUCGACUAGAGAGGAAUCGUUUUAUAAGGGUGAGGAAUACUUGGUUAAGAAAAACGAAUCUGCACGGUGACUGUUUCUAGGGAUAAGAGCCAGGUUGCUUUCAAAAGCAAUCAAUCAAAACUCCAUCUGGCUGGUCAGCUGGUCCCUCUGAGGAGCUUGAGAUGCAACUAAAGAGAUCAACUAUAAAAGUAGCGAUUCCAUAUACUUGUUGGGUUAUUUUAUAUCCUUCACUCCUCCCACGGCUGUAAUAAUGGAGUGGAUGAGACCAAGGUCAGGUGCAGCUCAGGCUGCAGUGAAGGAAGCUCCGCACACCCUAGCUUGGGAAGGCUUGGCCGGCAGAGCCCAAGGUACAGGGGUAACUGGCUACUCCUUAGGGUUCUGACGACUCCACUCCAGACAGGUGCAUGAAGAGGUCCCCAAGCUCUGUCAUGUCAACGUCUUCAGUAUUGGGGACAUGCCGGCUUUCUCGGUUCUCAAUGAAAUCCCAGAGUCGCACUGAAUUAAAGAACUGCAAAAAGAGCCAGCAAACAUGCCUGGUGGUUAUUAGUGGUAACGUGAAGGCCAGAUGCUGUUUUUCUUUUGCUCACCCCGUUCCCUGGUACCAAAGCUAUUAGGGAAAGCACGAGUGCCCGGAAAUGCCACCGCGUAAGUGUCCUUGACAGAGACGGCAAAGUCCUUACCCUCACAGUGCCCUCAGAACUGAGCUGCUUCCGAGGUUUCUCAGGCUCUGCCAGCCGCCCGUCAGGGUAAGCAUGGCGGUAAAGGCAUUUGCUUCCAAAUGGGCAGGUCCCUUUGCCUUGCUCAAAGUAUUUACAAGCUUUUUUCCUGAAAAGCAGAAAGAAAAAGUCAACAGGAUUGUGGGAGAGCCUGGGCCCCAGAAGAGCCAAGGCUUUCCUCCGUCCCUGCCCACAAUGCCAGAGCUAGAUGAGCCUUACUUCAUAGGUGGGGAAACUGAGGCUCCGUGAGGUUAGGAUGCUGAUUUCCAAGUUGGAUAGUGUUGCCAUUGUGACAUGUGGCCUCACACAGAAUUGAACUUGCACGGGGGACUUCACUGUUUUGAGCUUGCAGUACUCCAAAAAGGCAUUCGGGGGAGGACAACCUGAUGGCUGCUGUGAGCCGGUUGUCAGGGCUCCAAGGUUCUGAAGCUGGGCUACUUGCCUCAGCUCAAAGUCCCAAUAGCAGCACCACCCAGGGAAAUUUCCCUUCCUCCUAGCCAGCAAUGAGGUCAAUGUGACCCCAGGAGCCUUGACUUAGGAGGCACAGGAAAAGCAGUGAAUUUCAGCAGCUGCCCAAAGUUAGAGAUCUUACUCCAAUUUUCCUUGGUCCCCACCCUCUAGAUCUAGAGCAGGGCUUCUUAACUCUGUGUUAUGUUAACUCUACGGACCCCUUCUCAGGAAAGUUUUUUAAAUGGAUAAAAUGAAAUACACAGGUCUAAAAAACACAGCAAAAAGUUCAUCCCCCUUCCCCCCCAUCUUCAAAUUCUACCCACAGAUCCCUACAUUAAGAACACCUGUUCCUCAGGAAAAACACAACCACCAGAAAAUUCUUAUUUCUUCUUGCUUACAGGAAAUUUGGCUUAUAUAUAAUCAAAUGAUCUCAUGGUGAAGAAGGGGUGAAGAUGCCCAAAAAGGCAAGAGGGCAUCUGGGAGUCCUGAGGAAGGGAAGAGAAAGCAAGAUCACCACAGAAAGGGCAGGCUACCAGGGGCAGGUGGGGGGUAUGUGACAGUGGCUGAUAACAAAGAAGGGAGACUCUUGACACCAGUGUCUGUCUGUCUUCUCAGACAAGAGGAUGCCAGAGACUGGUGGUGAGGGUCUCUGAGACCUCAGAGCGGCACACAGAAAGCCCCCUAACAACUGUCCAGUGAAGGACGGCGUGCUGUGCUUGCCUGGGCACCUACUCCUAUCAGGUGUGACCCCAGCACGGGCUGGGGAGGGGAUCCAAGCAGAGGUACAGAGGUGCGGGCACAGACCUGUCACAGCCUCCACCCCUGAGGCUCUGAGAUCUUCAAAUGACUGCUCAGGCAGUGAGUUCUCACCAAUCUGCUGGACACUGGCUUUAAUAAACUCAAGUUCAAAAAGUGAUUCUCUAGUCCUGCCCCCCAAUAACUGUGCUUUUUUUCUCCCCCAGCCUUACCUGGUCACCAAGGACAGUGCACUCUGCCUCUUUGCUCUCAGCUCUCCCAAUUGUUAGGCCUCCAAUCACACCAUCCUUUCUGCCCCCACACUACUAAAGCCCCUGGGGGUGCUGUCCUCUGCUACCCGCCACAGUCAUUUCUUAAUUGGCCUCGCUCCCACCAGGUUCCAGCCUCUUCACAUUACCACCAAGGAGCAUGCCCAACAGUGUGUCGCUUGUUCUUCACCCCCCCAACCCCCCGAGAUUCCACUCCAACCUAUCUGUCCCUGUAGGUCCUACCACAUCCUUCUACACACCUCUCUCAAUCCCAGGGCCACUGCUACCCAGACACAUUUGUAUCAUUCUGUACCCCUGUCAUUCCACUCUGUCCUCCCCUCUCUACACACAGAUAGCUGUUCAUGCUUCAUGGCUCAGGGUCCCCAUGCUGCUUUCCCUGAUGCUCCCAGGUGGAUCCAAGUGCUUUCUCUGUUGUGACAUGUGGCUUGGUACUCUCAUUAAGAAUUUGUCACCAAAAAACAUGCAAUAAUAUUGCCCUUCUGCAAUUUUCAUUGAAAUUACUUUACUAAUCUAUGCUUGAUGUCCUCCAUUGGUGCUUAGCUUGAAGGUGCCUGGCCUGUAGUAGGUGCACAUUAAAUGUGUGUGGAACACAUAAAAACACCACCAUCAAUAGAAACUAAGGCCAAGACCAACCCAAAGAGCAAGAACAUGAGAAUUUCCCAACUCCAGCACAGCUGCUUUCUAUAGUCCAGCCCCUCCACCUUUGCCACUCCUGCCCUCUGGUGGAGAUAUAACACAUGGUGGGGGGGGGGGGCGGAAACUGGUAAACCAGGAAAAUGACCAGCUUUUACUAAGUAAGUGACAGGCAAUCUGAAGGUCUGAAGGAACCAUUAAAAAAGGUGACAUACGGCGCUCUUUAGUACAGCCAAGCACACUUCUACCAGACCUGACCCUCCUGCAGAUAACUAGCAAUACAAAUUUUUUUUAAAGACCUGAAGGCAGCAGGAGGAUCCUUCAAGAAAUUAGGCACCGGGAAGAACAGAAUGUCAAGACGCUUUUUUUUUUUUUUUUAGAAAAAACAGCUUUUUGCCUCAAGCAUGCCAAUGUUGGGUGUCUAAACCUUCAGGGUCAAAUCCAGUUUCUUGGGCCUGAAGGACCAACAGAAAGAGAGGAAAUCAUCCACUGGAAGCAAUCCCACACAGAAAAGUACACGAGAGGAAGCAUGCCAAUACUAUAUGUUAACUCAGCACAAAUGGCUGGCCCACACAUCAGUGCAACAGGCUCACAACAACUUAACCAAGGAUUAAAAAACAAACUUGGGGCACCUGGGUGGCUCAGUCGGUUAAGCGUCCGACUUCGGCUCAGGUCAUGAUCUCACAGUUCGUGAGUUCGAGCCCCGCGUCGGGCUCUGUGCUGACAGUUCACAGCCUGGAGCCUGUCUCAGACUCUGUGUCUCCCUCUAUCUGUCCCUUCCGCUCACGCUGUCUCUCUCUCAAAAAUAAAUAUUAAAAAAUUAAAAACAAAACGAACUGAGAUUAGAAACAUUGCUUAAGGGGCACCUGGGUUGGCUCAGUUAAGUGUCUGACUUCGACCCAGGUCAUGAUGUCACGGUUCGUGAGUUUGAGCCUCAUGUUGGACUUUAUGCUGACAGCUUGGAGCCUGCUUCGGAUUCUGUGUCUCCCUCUCUCUCUACCCUUCCCCUGCUCAUACUCUGUUCUCUUUCUCAAAAAUAAAUAAAUACUAAAAAAAAAAAAAAAUUGGAAAGAAAUGAACAGACCCCAAUGCUCAUUAGGGUAAUAUCAAAAAGUCUAUCACAUGUAAUUAAGAGUCCCAGGAGAAGAAGAAACAGGGCAGGGAAAAAAUUUGAUGGCCAAAAUUUCCGUAAAUUUGGUGGAUGAUGAAACCCUACAUAUUCAGAGAAAAAUACAUAGUACAAUAUGAAGAAAACCAUUCCCAGGCAAAAGAGCAAACUGUUGAAAACCAAGAUAAAGAGACAAUCUUGAAAGCAACCCUAGAGAAAUGACAUGUGAAUGACCACUGACUUCUCAGAAACUAGAGGCCAGAAUAUAAUAGAACAAUAUUUGCAAAGUACAAAAAGAAAAUAAACUGUUAACCCAGAACUGUAUUAACUGCAAAAGGAGACAAAGAUGGAAAUAGGGCCGAUCAGACCAAUAUUCAGGGAAAAUAUCCUUAAUGAACAGAAAAGCAAUUUCAGCUAAAAAGAAAACUAAAAAUUCAUCACCAGCACAUCAACAAACGUUAAAAGCAGUCCUUGAGGCUGAAGGUAAAUUAUACCAACUGGAAAGAAUUAUAAACCAAAUCAAAGAGCACUGGAAAUAGUAAAUUAUCUGAGUAAAUAUAAACUUUUUCUCUUAAAAAAUAGGUGAGUUUUCAAAUGCAAAAAUCAUAUUACCUUGCUGGGUUCUAACAUAUGUAAAUGUUAUAUUCAUACUUUAUACAGUAAAGUUGCAGGAUGCAAAAUCUAUAAAAAGUCAUCUGCCUUUCUAUAUACUAAAUGAACUAUCAGAAAGUGAAAUUAAGAAAACAACCCCAUUUACAACUGCAUCAAAAAGAAUAAAAUACCUAGGACUAAAUUUAGCAGAGGAGGUGAAACAGACUUGUACACUUGAAAAACUAUUAAGACAAUGAAAGAAAUCAAAGGCAUAAAUAAAUGGGAAGUAUCCCAUGCUCAUGGAUUGGAAAAAUGCCAUUAAAAUGUUUACACUGCCCAAAGCAAUUUGCAGAUUGAAAACAACCCCUAUCAAAAUUACAAUGGCACUUUUCACAGAAAUAGGACAAACAACCCCAAAAUAUAUAUGGAACCACCAAAGACCCCCAAUGGCCAAAGCAAUCCUAAGAAAGAACAACAUACCUGGAGACAUCACAUUUCCUGAUUUCAAGCUGUACUACAAAGCUAUAGUAAUCCAAACAGUUUAGUACUAGCAUAAAAACAGAUACAUAGUUCAGUGAAACAGAAUAGAAGGCCCAGAAAUAAGCCUAUGCAUAUCUAGUCAAUUAAUUUACGACAAAGGAGCCAGAGAUAUUCAAUGGGGAAAGGACAAGCUCUUCAAUAAAACAUGCCAGGGAAACUGGACCACUAUCUUACACCAUACACAACAGCUCAAAACUGACUGAAGACUUGAAUGUAAGCCCUGAAACCAUAAAAACUCCUAGAAGAAAACAUAGGGGGUAAGCUCCUUGACAUUCACCUUAUUUAGCAAAUGUUCUUUGUGGAUUUGCCCACCCAAAACAAAGGCAACAAAAGCAAAAAUAAACAUGUGGGACUCCAUGAAACUAAAAAGCUUCUGCACAGCAAAGGAAACCAAACAAAAUGAAAAGGCAACCUACUGAAUUGGAGAAAUUAUUACAAAGAACUCAUAUAAGAGCAAAAAAACAACCACCACAUUCCAUUUAAAAAUGGGCAGAGGAACCGAAUAGACGUUUUCCCCAAAGAAGACGUACAAACGUUCAACAGACACAUGGAAAGUUGCUCAACAUUAUUAAUCAUCAGGGAAAUGCAAAUCACAACCACAAUAAGAUAUCACCUCAUGCCUGUUAGAAGAGAUAUCUACACUUCCGUGUUUGCUAUAACAUUAUUCACAACAGCCAAGAUACAGAAACAACCCAAGUGUCUGUCAACAAAUAGAUAAAGAAGAUGUGGAAUAUACAUAAAAUGGAAUAUUAUUCAGCCACAACAAAGAAGGAUAUCCUGCCAUUUGUGACAACACAGAUGGAACUUGAGGGCAUUAUGCUAAGUGAAAUCAACCAGACAAAGAAAAACAAAUGCUGAUAUCACUUACAUGUGAAAUCUAAAACAAACCCAAACAAAUGAAAACAGUCAAACUCACAGAGUAAAAAAGUGGUCCCCAGGGACUAAAGGUUAGGGUAAAUAAGGAAA